CACUAACCUUUACCGUGAGUCGGUGACAAGACUCUCUUUCUUGUCCGCAUUCCUCGUUGUUAGAGCUAAACCCUAGACGCGAUCUCCGCCGGAGCCUUCGCCGCCCACGGCCGUCACCGCCGCCGUCCGGCGUAGCGCCGCCCUUCUCCCUUCUCACCUUCUUCUGGCUAAGAGAAUCCCGCUUUGGCCGGCGUAGCGCGGUGGAGACCCCUCCUCCUUCUCAGCCGAAGAAUCUCCUAAAAAUCGUAUUUUGAAGCCCAUCAACAGCCUAUCCGUCAGUCCGAUAUGGAUUAACAUGUGCUAGCUGAGGAAGAGAAGUUGGCUGGAACAGAGGACAAGGAAACUCAUAAACCUGCUUCUCAAAAAUAGCAACUGCAGAACAAAAAGAUGUGAACUCAGUGCCUGUGGAGACCAAAGUUUUAGCAAGCUAAUUUAGAUGCUGGGACAACAGAGGUUGGGAUUGCUAAAUGAUAGUUUGAAACCCCUUAUUGAGCGUGCCCUGCCCCCAUUACCUAAUUAGCGGUGGGGUGAUUAGUUAAUGACGCCGGGUGAUCAUAGUGGGGAGGAGCUGGUUGUGCAAGCAUCUUUGUCACUAUUGUUUCUUUCUGCAGAAAUUCCCUGGAACAGCUGCUCCUACAGGGAAGUUAUGCUAAGAACAGGACCCAAGGAAAUGCAGAACCACGAUAACAACAAUCAGAAGGUUUAUCCUCAACCAAUGGAUGAGAGUGUGAAUCAGAAUAAGGACUCCAUGGAGGCCCUCGUAUCAAAGAUUUUUAAUAACAUUUCCUCCCUGAAAGCAGCAUAUAUUCAACUCCAGGAAGCUCAUACUCCCUAUGAUCCAGACAAGAUUCAAGCUGCUGAUAAGCUUGUUAUAGAGGAGCUCAUGAAGCUGUCUGAACUCAAGCAUUCCUAUAGGGAUAAAAACCACCACAAGCUCACAUCAGCAACACCACAAGAUUCACGUCUAGUUGCGGAAAUACAAGAGCAGCAAAGCCUGUUAAAAACUUAUGAGGUCAUGGUAAAAAAAUUUCAGUCACAGAUUCAGACGAGAGACUCCGAGGUUGUUCAAUUGCAGCAACAAAUUCAGGAGUCAACUCAGAGAAAGAUGAAACUUGAGAAGAAACUCAAGCAGAGGGGUUUGCUUUCCAAGGAACCUGAGGACUCUGAAGAAGAAAAUAACUACUUCUCUGUUGAAUUGACCCCAAACUUGUUCUCUUCUGCUGUAGAUACUGCAUACAAAUCCAUUCAUGAUUUCUCAAAGCCUUUAAUUAACAUGAUGAAAGCAGCAGGGUGGGACCUUGAUGCAGCAGCCAAUGCAAUUGAACCAGCAGUUGUCUAUGCAAGAAGGUCACACAAAAAGUACGCAUUUGAGUCUCAUAUUUGCCAGAGAAUGUUCAGUGGAUUCCAUGAAGAGAGUUUCUCUGUUGAGGCAGGCAAUCUUGCAAUUUCUAAUGAGGGUUUCUUCCAUCAAUUUCUUGCUGUAAGAGCCAUGGAUCCAUUGGAUAUAUUGAGCCAAAACCCAGAUUCAGUUUUUGGAAAAUUUUGCAGGAUGAAGUACUUGAUGGUUGUGCACCCGAAGAUGGAGGGAUCUUUCUUUGGUAAUCUGGAUCAGAGGAACUAUGUGAUGAGUGGUGGGCAUCCUAGGACACCUUUCUACCAGGCAUUUCUGAAGUUAGCAAAGUCAAUUUGGACAUUGCACAGAUUGGCAUAUUCCUUUGAUCCCAAAGUUAGGGUUUUUCAGGUGAGAAAUGGGAGUGAGUUCUCGGAGGUUCAUAUGGAAAGUGUGGUGAAAAACAUUAUUUUGGGCGAGGGAGAUCAAAGACCUAAAGUUGGGCUUAUGGUGAUGCCAGGUUUUAUGAUUGGGGGGAGUGUUAUACAGUCCCAGGUGUACCUUUCAGGUGUUGAGUGUGCUGAAUGAAGAUUGAUACAUUUUGGGAGGUUCUUGCUGAAGUGGGAAUCAUCAUCUAUCUCUGUUGUUCGAUAGCUAAAGUCAAUGGUUUGUUUUGUUGUUCGUCUGUAACUGUAAAUUUAAGGGUUAUGAGAAAAUUAAAAGGAUCUGGGACCUGUAGCAUGCCUGUGACAGUAAAUUGAAAAUAUUGAAGGAUUUAUUGCUGUAUGCUAGUUACAAUUGGUAUUGUACUCGGUGCAAGAUAGUAAUUGUAGAUAUAAGUUGAGCACCGUUUGUUAAAUAUCUGUAUUGUAUGCUAAAUCAGUGGACUUAUUUGAUACUUGCUUUCCAAACGCUGCGAUGAGGAUUACCAUAUAAACUUGUUCAUGUUUAUAGUA